AUGACACGUUCUACAUUCCAUCGUCUAUUCUCAUCAGACACACCACCGUCCGGCAUAGGAACAAUCCCAUUCGUCGAACCUCCAUCCGAAAUAAUACCAUUACGCACUGGAUCUUUACGUGCAACACUCCUGAAUCGACCAAAGGCAUUAAAUGCACUCAGUUUAUCAAUGAUGAAGUCAUUGACGAAUCAUUUGACUGACUUUGAUCGUGAUUUGACGGGUAUGGCGUUGAUGAUUAGCAAGUAUGGAGAGUGUAGGGCGUUUUGUUCGGGUGGUGAUGCUAAAUCUGUGGCAACAUACUUGUCAAGUGGUGAUGAACAGGGUAAAGCUUCUGCAUAUGAAGUCUUAACUACAUUGUACAAGACUUGCCAUGCUAUCGGAACGCUGAAUACGCCGUUAGUGGUCGUAAUGGAUGGCUAUACUAUGGGCGGAGGUCUUGGACUAUCAGUACACGCUCCAAUCCGAGUCGCAACCGAAAACACAUCAAUAUGGGUCCCUGAAGGUUCCAUUGGUCUCUUCCCAGACUCUGGUGUCGCAUGGUUUCUAGCUCGUGGUAUUGACGGUCCUGCUGUUGGAUCCUAUCUGGCGCUCACAGGACGCAAGAUUAAUGGCAUGGAGGCUGUGCUAUCAGGAUUCGCAACACACUUCGUACCAUCCGACCGUCUCCCAGCAAUGAUUGACGCAUUGUCAGAUCUGCGGACGACUGAUUUGCGAGUUAUUGAUUCAGUCAUUGAGGAUUUCGUGGGCAAUGCUCCAUCUGUUGAUGAGUGGAGUAAUUGGGCUAUAUCUGGUGAUGUGAGAGAUGGUAUUGAGAGGUGCUUUAAUUCUGCGUCGUUGGGGAGUAUUGUGAAGGCUCUUGAUGCUGAGAACUCAUUAUGGUCUUCGGAAACACUGAAAUCAAUGCAAGCACAAUCACCGACUGCUAUGAAAGUCACCGCUGAGCUAGUACAUCGAGCUCAGAAAUUGGAUUUUGCGAGCUUUAUGAAACUUGAGCAGAGGUUGGCUUGGUUUUUUACGCAUACUGUAAAAGAUUUCGCAACUGGAACAGCUGCAAGUAGAUUGCAGUCAAAACAAGAGUCAGUACCAGCAUGGAGCCCUACAUGGGAGGAAGUUAUAGAUGGAAUAGCGUUUACUGAUAACGAUGUGAAGAUUGUGUUUGGAGAUCAGGAUGCCAAAAUACCCGAAGACGCACUCCUCCCACCCCUAACAACCCAACCCACCCUCUACAACACCAAAACCUUCCAAAACUACAUUGGCCACACAGUCGUCGGCGUGCCCUCCGAAGAAGACGUCCGCAAAUUCAUAACCGGUGAAGCAUCCGGCGCAGGCUCAUUCGCAUUCACGCGAACAGAGCUUAUAGACUGGUUUGCUGCUAACUGGGGUGCGUUCUUGGAUCAAGAGCACCUGACUCCUAUCAGCGUUAUUGAUGGGAGUGGGACUGGUGGUAGUCGGUAUAUAGAUCCCAAUUACGAUGAGGUGCAUGGAUUGGGUGCUGGUGGGAGACGGAAGAGGGAGAGAUGGGGUGUGAGACAGAGGAUUGAGAGUGUUGUGAAUAGGAGGUGUAGUGAGAAGGAUGGGUACUUGAAGUGGAAGGGCUGA